ACAGAGUGGUGAAGUGUUUGCAAACUAGUCACUUGACUUUAUUUUUCAUGCUUUCCUUUCAAGUCCUGAUUCACUCCGUUGCCAUCCUGAGGGUCAGCAGCCUGAUACAGAACUUGUACCUCCAGAACCGAUGCUCCAAACACUAAUACAAAGAAAAAAGAGACAAGACCACAGAGCUAAUCAGAAAAUCAGCAAGAAUAGGCACGACCUCUACGCAGAUGAACUGGAGCGUUUAAUCGUUGGCAGGAAACCAGAAAGCACAGCUGACAUCAUCCCUGAAGGAGAGAUCGUUCUAACCAUCAACGUCUACUACCCGAUCACUUCUGAAAGAAUUAGCACCUCCAGGCCCCACAUGAGUCUGCUGAUGACGGGCUCUCACAGUUUGGCAGAGUUAAGAGACGCCAUCUGCUGUGUCAGCGACUUGCAAGUGUGCGGAGAGUUCAGCAACACGCCGGACUUAGCUCCAGACUUCAUCAGCAAAGAUCUUUUUAAGUCAUCGUUCUUUUUCUUCGAGGGAGUUUUCUAUAACGACAUGCGAUUCCCCGAAUGUCAGGACAUCAGCAAGACUACCAUUGAAUGGGCAAAGGCUCGCAACUACCCAGCCUACACCCAGGCCAAGAUGGAGGACACACGAUUCGUGGAUCUGACGAUUAAAGUGGGCUUCCCGUACCUCUACUGUCACCAGGGAGACUGCGAACAUCUCGUCAUCAUCACAGACAUCAGGCUGACCCAUAAGAGCGACUGCCUGGACAAGAAGCUGUAUCCACUUCUCAUACGAAAGGACAGACUCCUCACACAGAAGUGCACCGUUUGCCACCUCUUCAUUGGCAGAUGGUUUACGACCAACGACCAGUAUGCCCCGAGUGACCCGUGCCUCUUCUGUGACAAGUGCUUCAGGGCGCUGCACUACGACACUGCAGGCAACAAGCUGGGAGAGUUCCUGGCCUAUCCAUACGUGGACCAGGGUGCAUUUAACUGAUGCAUUGAUUUAAUGCUGUAUAAUACAGUUCAAUGUUUUAUAUUUCUGAAAGAAAUGUUUUCAUAUUUGGGAAAGUUAUAUUUAUUUAAAGAGAAAUUCGUUUUUGGA